AUGUGCGGCGGAUAUUUGAUUUUUACACAACCAACAGGUUUUUCUGGCAUGAGCCAUGCUCCAAGAGACAUACCUCUCAACCAAACACCUUGCAAGAAAGUCACAACCAUUCAUUUACACAUCAAAAUGGUACAAAUAUAUUACCAUCCCUUGCCUAAUAGCUCCAAUUCCCUUAAUAGAGUCUCAAAGCUACCUCUGAGAAAGAUCCCUCAGCGAACAGACUAUCUACUCUCAAGCAGUGCAUUGGAAGCCCUCCAAUUCAAGAACUUCCAGAAACUCUCCAACGCCUUCAGUGGUGAUUCGGAUCUCAACGAUUCCUCAGAGCAGAUUACUAAUGGCACUGAAGAAGCUCAUGAUAAAGACGGAGAUGUGAACAUGGAUGGACAAAAUGAAGAAGACAAUGAUCUUCACUUGAACAAGGAAACUAUUCAUUUCGUCAACGUUUCUGACUUCGAAUUCCAGUCCAAAAAGGAAAAGCUACUGACAAUUUCGCUGGAAAACAUCCCAUCUUCACUCAUACGAUCGGAGCUUCUGAUAGAGGCGUGGCUGGACCAUACUCUCACUGUCGAAAUUGCCAAGCUGAAGCCCGAGGCUGUGGAAAAAUUGAAUUUGGGCUACAGGUGGACUUUUGUUGAGAACGAAUAUAUUGAGUUGAGGUGUAUAUUUCUUGAAUUUGCAGAUAUUUUGACUCUCAAGCUGAUUGAAAGUGCCCUGGAAGGUUGGGCGAUAGGCAAAGACGACGAUAAAGAGGCUGUUGCUAAGUUGAAGGUUGUGCUACAGCCAGGCACCAGGAGUUUACUUGAAAAGUUAGAGGCAAUUGUGCCGACUGAUGGCGUGGAACACGCUGAAUCUAUUGCAGACAUCCACCAAAGCUUGACCGCUCAUGUCGCAAGACUCAUCAAGGUCUCAAGGAACGAGCUGAAACCGCAUGCAAUCGCUACCAUAGGAAAGCUUCAAGAUUUAGAGGAGCAGUAUACCAACUACCAAAUUGAUCCCAAAGAACUGGUGGACAUCGCACCUGAUCUAUUGGAGUCGGCGGAAAGAGAUAUUCUUGAUUUCAGACUUUCGGUCUUGAGGGUAGAGAAACAAAAGCGUGAGAAACAGUUGCUUUCUGAUAAGCGCAAAUCAAGGCAGCGUGUGAAGAAGUUGUUCCAGGAUAUCCAGAGGUCGAGAUCCAAUAUGGACGUGGACCAGGAUGUUUCAGAAGAAGAGGCAGAAGACGAGGAGCUAGAGACAGUUGAUGACUAUCAGUACGAGCUUGAUGCUAAGAAGCAACGCGAACAGAGACAGCAGAGAUUAUAUCAGAAUAGGCUGGAUGCAGUAAAGACCCGCGACUUAACACGCCACAAAAAUCUGCUUCAGUUUGAGAAUACGACUGAACAUGGGCGUUACGAAGGCACAGUGGUUCCCGAAAAGAGAGCUCAAUUUUUGAAGGAUUUCGUGGAGAAUGUUGUUGAUGGAAAGAACAAGAUUGACGAGAACCUGGAGAGCUAUUAUGUGAAACACGUCAAUUAUGUGAAUUUCAGACUUUCUGUUAAGGCACAAGAAGGUAAGCAGGAUGACGAGGACAGAGAGGAGGAGCGGAAGAUGCUUGAGAGCCAGAGUGAAGCCACCGAUUUCAUCUCAACCUUUGGCGAAGCGAACGAGGCGAGUGAGACAAAGGAGAAGGUGAAGUUGGUAUUGAAGAAGAAGGACAAAGAAGAAGAGGAAGAACCAAAAGACCAACCUUCCCAAUCACAUCUGCCAUCGCCAAUUAUUCCGAAGGUGGAGUCAAAGAUCGCAGCCGUCGUUGAAGAACUGCUCGGAAUGCCUGAAGACUCACUCGUGGAGUUCAUCCUCAACUAUGUUACGAGGCAUUAUUAUUCUGGAAAGACUAGUCCAGAAUUCGCAGCCUUUCUCAAGGAGCUUGAAGAAACAUUGGACGAGGAUGCCAGUGUGGCCAUGGACUCCAUAUUCGAGACUGUGUCGUUGGAGUUGUCUGAAAUGAGCGAAUAA